CUGCCACUGCGACUUCCAACUGCCAAACCCCUCCAUCCCUCCACAUUUCCCACGCCUCCGACACACCUUCGCCUACAAGCUGAUCGGUCCAUCGUCAUUGCCUGGUCCUCCCUAGGUCAUUUACGGCUGGCGGUCACAAGGGUCUCGAAAGCGCAUAUUAAGCCAAGCCUUUGCUGCGACCAACUUGGGCAGUUUGCCAGUGGCCAUCUGAUGGACCGACCUGUCACAGCUCGCCCUAAACCAUGUCACGGACACCUCCCACACAGACGAUGCAGCCAGCGCCUUUAGCUCUGACAUAAUGCAUCGGUUCGCCCUACCCCCCUCUCGCCGACACCGACGGCUCAUGGCUGGCGCAGACUGUAGCUGAAAGCUCAUACGCAGUAUUCCCAGCAAUUCUUCGUCCCAGCUGAGACAUACGCCUAUUACCCCGUACUGCCUACGUCCAUUCAUCUGCUCUAGGUCGCCUACCUAAGGUGCCGCACCUCCCACCACCAUCUUUCACCGUUUCCCGUCAACUAGGAACAGCUACCUUCGAGACACUUCUGCCUUUCAGCCUUGAAUCAUCAGCCUACCAACCACUUCGUCGCCAAGGCACCAGGAGUACCCUUUUCGAGUCACAUUGCUUACCUCGCCGACCAAGUGACCGUUGAUUCAUUGUCAAGAGGCGAAGGCUGCACACAGAGAGACAUCUCUAUAAAGAUCUGUAGGCAGCGCCGAACAUCGAAACCAUGGCGGCCAAAGACGACGGCAAGAGCCCCGCGGCAUUCGCAGACGAGAUGCAGAAGCAAACCCGCAAAGAACGUCGCUUCGACGAGGUCGAGGCACAGCUCCCCAACCCAACAGUGCCGACUCUGCAGGCAGCCUUCGCGAGCGCCAGCGGCAUCCUGUCGCAUCUCGGCAGCUACAACCCCUGGGGCAAGCCCGUGACCGACGACGACAUCGUCUGGCUCCUGGACAACACAGCAUACAAGCCCUCCCGUCUGGGCAGCUGGCAAGCCGAGUUCGUCGCCGCGAUUUUCGAGAAGGAGCCGAAAUGCAAGGUGGUCGAUAUCGUGCAGGGCGUCGCCGAGAAGCUUGGGCUCUCGGACGAUGCAGAGGAGCGCAAGACCAUUGAGGAGCGUAUCAUGCCGUUCCUGUGGGACGUGCAGCCGGCGCGACACCUCCGCGUCGUGCAUCAGAAGAAGGAGCUUAAGCUAGGUCCCUCGGGCUCGAAUGGCAUCACUACGGAUACACUCAAGAUCCACGAGCAGCCCACUGGAUCGACGGUCACGUCGAGCGCAGCGGUGCCGCGUGGCGCGACCGGCUUGUUGGAGAUGAAGACUUUCUUCGCUGCUCCAGAGGGGUGGGCAAUCAUCUCAGACAUCGACGACACCAUCAAGUUGACGCAGACGAGCGACCCCAUCGGCAUUCUCCGCGAGACCUUUGUCAACGAACCGAGACCAAUUGAGGGCAUGCCCGAGCUAUACCGGAACAUCUCAGCACUCUUGCCGCAGGAGUCGCCUUGGUUCUACCUCUCGGCUUCCCCAUACAACCUGUACCCGUUCCUGAGGGAGUUCCGCGACAAAUACUAUCCGCCCGGGUCCAUCAUUCUCCGCGAUUCAAGCUGGAAGACGGUUGCAGGCCUGCUGUCGGCGCUAACCAUGGCCACGGAGCAGUACAAGGUGGAGCGCAUGAAGAAGGUGCACGAGUGGCUUCCGAAGAGGAAGUUCAUCCUCAUUGGUGACUCCACACAGUCCGACCCCGAGGCUUAUGGUGAUAUCUACCGCGAAUUCAAGGGCUGGAUUAAGCUCAUCUUGAUCCGCAAGGUCACUGACAUCGCAGCUAUUGGUAUCUCCGCAAAGAACGAGCCGGAACGUUUCGAGAAAGCUUUCAAGAACAUUCCUCGCGACGACUGGUUCGUCUUUGAGAACCCCGUCGACUGUAACAAGAUUGUUCGCGACACCAUUGCCCAAGGCUGAAGAAAUGAGGCAACAAGCUUUUCCGGAACAGGGAAUAAAUUGAAUCGUGGGCAACACGACAGCACGGGAGAGGAUGUGUGAUGCGAAGGAUCGGAGUUUGUGGCGCAAGGAAACAUUGUCUUUUCCCGCAUUGUUUGGACACGACCGUCACGACUUGGAGCCUCGAGAAGAUGUUUAGCGAUCCUAAUACAACAUUUUAUCAUGAUUUGCCCUUCCUCUCCAUCGACCGCGCUGUCUCUUCCUUCGCACCGCCUCUUUCGACCUCAAUCAACUUCCCCUAUCUCCUCCAACCUGACUUUACCUCUUUCUUAUGCAGCUCAUCGUUGGCCAAGCACGUUCUGGAUCCACCGCCACCUUUAUCUUCGUUCUGAAAUGAUUACGCCUUUGUGCCAUCGUUUCCCUUUCCAGACGUACGUUUUCGUACGCCUAACGAUUAAUCCAUCCCCAGUCACCGGUAUUGUACGGAUUAGGCACAGACAGACAAGCA